AUGGCGGCCCGAAAGCUUGCGCAAGAAGUCGACAAGUGCUUCAAGAAGGUCGCAGAAGGCGUGGCGGAGUUCGAGGCCAUUUACGAGAAGAUUGAGCAGUCCAACAACCCCGCCCAAAAGGACAAGCUCGAGGAUAACCUCAAACGAGAAAUAAAAAAGCUCCAAAGGCUCAGAGACCAGAUCAAGACAUGGGCGGCUAGUAACGACAUCAAGGACAAGGCUCCUUUACUCGAGCAUAGGCGCUUGAUAGAGACGCAAAUGGAAAAGUUCAAGGCCGUAGAAAAGGCCAUGAAGACCAAGGCGUAUUCCAAGGAGGGCCUGUCGGCUGCGGCCAAGCUGGACCCCAAAGAGCAAGCCAAGUUGGAGGCGGGCGAAUUCCUCAGCCAAAUGGUCGACGAGCUGGAACAACAGAUCGAGACCCUCGAGGCCGAGAGCGAAUCAAUACAGGCCACCAUGAAGAGGGGCAAGGGACAAGGCGCCAAGGCCGACCGGAUAAGCGAAAUCGAGCGCAUCAUCGAACGACACAAAUGGCACCAGGGGAAGCUGGAGCUGAUUCGACGAUCUUUGGAGAACGGCGGCGUCGAGACCGAGCAAGUGAACGACCUGGAAGAAAGUAUCCGAUACUACGUUACCGAUGGCAUGAACGAGGAUUUCAUGGACGACGAGGGCAUUUACGAUGAGCUGAAUUUGGAGGAAGAAGAGGAUGCCUACGGGAUGAAUGUCGACAACGACAAGGGAUCCUCACAGGAUGCCCAGUCGGUCCAGGACGAGCCCGAACCCGAGCCCAAGCCGGCGAGCGUGCCGGCGGCGAAACAGCGUACCCCAGCCGAAACCGUUGCAGCAUCAUCAACACGACGCUCUUCUGCGCAGUUGAAGUCGCCACUACCGACAUUGGCGACAGUCCACACCAACACGCUGACAAGCAUUAGCAAUACACCGGCAAGCAACGCACCUAUGAAGCCGGCAUCACUACCCACGAGGCCGGCCGAGGGUCUCAAGUAUGCCAGUGCGGCAGCCGCGGCAGCCGCGAGCGACAAGAGUGGUGUAGGAAUCGCGCCUCUACCCCCGCCGCCAACGGCCAACUCGUCGCUACCAGCAUCCCACGUGAAGACCAGCGCAGCAAACUCACCCAGCGUGGCAACGGUGCAGCCGGUUUCCCAGGAGAGGAUAGCAAACGCAGUACCCCCAGCUGCUGUUGCGUCGGUUUCGAAUACCCCGGCAACGAGCAAAGCAGAACCGGCCAAGAACGUGACUUCGCGUAACAAGGCACCGGCACCGGCACCAGCACCAGCACCAGCACCAGCUGCUGUAGCAACAACUUCCAAAGCAACACCCGAACCAGAACCCGUGGAAACUCAGCCGAAAGGUCGGAACAGUCCGCAUCCAUGCCAGACCUCGCCUACUAACGUGUGUACAGUGCCCCAAACGAACGGUACGAGCAAUGGCAUCAAGCCCAUCGAGGAAGCGGAAGAAGAUGAGUCGAUUUACCAUCUACCAGCGUCUUUGCAGGAUCUGGUCGAGUCAUACGAGGUUACCAAGAAGUGCCCAGCGCCUUUGGGUUCGCCUGCCACGCAGAGGAUGCACACGGCGGCAUUAGCGAACAAGCCGAAUUCCCUCGACACUGAGCUACCGCGACCUUACUACCCCGAUGUCAGGUACCACACGCACAACCAGUUCCCGCAGGAGCCCCUGGCCAUCUUUGAGGAUCCUCGACUCUACCAGCGGAUUGAUCCGGACACCCUCUUUUACGUCUUCUACUACAAACAGGGAACAUAUCAACAAUACCUUGCUGCCAAGGCCCUGAAAGAUCAAAGUUGGAGGUUUCACAAGCAGUACCAGACGUGGUUCCAGCGACACGAGGAGCCGAAAUCGAUCACGGAGGAAUUCGAACAAGGAACCUAUCGUUUCUUUGACUACGAGAGCACAUGGAUGAAUCGCAGGAAGGCCGACUUCAAGUUCACUUACAAGUUCCUUGAGGACGAAGUAUAA